UUAUCCAAUUUCGCUUUUUAAUUCAACAGACAGGACCACUGGCAACGAAAAUGUCAACAAAGACCGAAGGUAUGCGAUCGCUAGCAGAGGAUAGAGGGCUGGUGUUUAGUUGAAUGAGCCAUGUGCUGAACACAUUUUCCGGAUUCUAUUGUUUAGACCAGAUUCUGCGCGACCGCAUGGUCGUCCAAGAGCGCCCCCUGAAACGCUGCCUGCAAGAGUUUUCUUUCCUCUGCGAGCAGUCACCCAAGAUUCCAGCUCCUGUGGCACAGCAGAUUGCCUCACAGGUACUGCGUGAGAUCCGGUGGUUCCGGCACACUGUUCAGUGCGCUGUGCAAGUACAACGCCGCAGCGAGCAGGAAAUAUCCAUGUACGAGCAGCAGGGUGCACAGUUGGAGGAGAAUAUAGCUGAAGGGCGCGCAUCGGUUAGGCGUCUGGGUGACGAACUUGAGGAGUCGCGUAACCACAAAAAGCACAAAAUUGCAUAUGAUGAGAUUGCGAAGGAGGUGGAGAAGCGGCCGACACGCGCACAGCUGCAACAAGAGAUUGACGAAAUUAAGCGCGAAACAGACCAGCUAAAGCAAGAGGAGCAGGCGCAUAGCAAUGUGAUUGAGGCGAUGCAGGCCCAGUACGCGAAUGUGCUGAAUGAGAUGCACAAACUCGAGGAUAUGGCAAAGGAUGCACUGACGACACAGGAACUGGGCAUUUUCCUUGGCGACGCCGAUGCAGAUGCGGGAAAGGGCGAAGAGGGGCGCCCGCAGAGUCAAUCAGAUAUGCCAUCGCCCGCAGCACUGGACAGCAGAGACACACAUCGACUGAACGAUACCAGCGAUGCGCUGAUGGACGCGUUCGCGGAUGAGCGCAGGAAAUCCGAAGGGCAGAUGGGCGACGCCCCCGAGAACGAAGAGGAAGAUGAGGGCAGCAUUGCUGUUGAUACUGGUGCCGUGCUGGAAGAGGAGGGUGAGGAGGGCGAGGAGGGCGAGUAUGAGGACGAAGAGGGCGAGCUGUCAUCGGAGAUGUAAUUUUUUGUGCCAAGAACUUUGUAUGCAGUUAUCCGAUAUAUUUGUCAACAUCUUCUGUGAUAAUGGACUGCCUUCGCUGCUAUAGGAGAAGCUGCCCGACACCCGGUCGAUACAUCGGGCGUAGGACAGCUGGGGCUAUGCUGCCAAGCCGCUAGCGGAAUUCGGAUGUUAGAGCGUG